CUCUCAGCUCUUUACAUGUACAUAAUCCCUGAGCUGACCCAGAAAAUAGGCAGUCGUUUCAAGAUCUGAUGCGGUAGUCUUUGUGCGCGCCGUCCCCGCUCGAGCAUGAACCCCGCGGAACACGCACCACUCUAAUCCCGAGGAGCUUCGCCUCGCACAGGAUAAGUGUUUUUGGGCAAAGGAAGAAGACGGAGCCGAAAGCAAAGUCGCGCAACUUUGUGAAAACGCAGCGGACACGGGAGGCAUGGCGGAUCAUCUGAUGAUGCCCAUGAAUCACAGCUCAGCAGGCGCCAGUCUCCACGGUUACAGGAUGGGCAUGAAUGGCGGCCUGCAGGCAGGUCAUCAGCAGCAUGCCAACCAGCAGGGCAUGCGGGCGCUUCCCAAUGGCCAGAUGAUGCAUUAUGGCCAGCAGGCCAACAUGGAGACGACCAUGAGGCAACGGCAAGGCAUGGUGGGCGGGUCCAUGAAUGGACAGCUCAACGGGGCUCAGAUGGCUCACCAUCAGAUGACCUCUGGUAGCAUGAUGUAUAAUGGGCCUCAGCAGCAGCAGCACCAACAACAACACCACCCUCAGCAGCAGCAACAUCACAUGCAUCCACAACAGCACCAGCAACAAGCGCAGCACGCGCAGCAGCAACAACAGCAGUUCAUGAACGGAGGACUGACAUCCCAGCAACUCAUGGCCAGCAUGCAGCUGCAGAAACUCAACACCCAGUACCACGGACACCCACUGGGACCAAUGGGUGGGAACCACAUGGGGCCAACAGCCCAGUACCGCAUGAACCCAGCUCAGCUGGCUAGCAUGCAGCACAUGGCUGGUCCCGCGCUAGCCUUGAAUGGGAUGGACGCGGACAUGAUUGACGAGGAUGUCCUCACGUCUCUAGUUAUGGAACUGGGGUUGGAUCGGGUGCAGGAGCUACCAGAACUCUUCCUGGGCCAGAACGAGUUUGACUUUAUCUCGGACUUCGUUAGCAAACAGCAGCCCAGCGCUGUUAGCUGCUGAAAGGAUCUUACAUCAUUACGGGCCACAAAAGGAGAACGUCCAGAGUGGAUGAAGAAGAGGCGACGGCUUUGGUUUUUGUACGAGCACAGACCCGUGCAGAACUCUGGAUAUCCACCGCAAACACCGCGUCUGAGUCUCUGUUUCUUCUUCGGCUGGAUUUAAAGCAUCUUGGCUUGUUUUAGUAUUUUCUGGACAUGGAUGUAACAAAGAAAUGCUAAAAUUCCUACAAGCCGCGCUGAACAACUCAGUGACACUAUAUAGCUUCUAAGUCCGGACUCCAUGACAGUUUACCAGUAAACAGGUGUAUUUAUUUAUUCCUAUCUGAGAAAACUGAUAUUCAAAUGAACCACCUUCUGUUACGGGAUCCAACUUGUUCCUUUUAUCCUUUUCCUGAGAGUAGGUUUUUGGAGAGAAAUACUAAAUUUAUGUUCUCUGGUCAUGGUUUUUGGCUUUGUAAUGAAGUUAGCUUGGAUGACAUCUACAGGAACAAUAGAUUUCUUUUUUUUUAUGACAAAAGUACAAUGUUGUCUUAUUUCAAUGGGAGCGUCAUCCCAACUUUAAAAAACUUUUUAAAAACGCGACGUUCUCAAUUUCAGAAAAGAUAAUUACUGCUUGUACUGUAUGAAGCUGUAUGACUCCAACAUGUCCACACUGUUGUGUUCUCUUGGAGAUGUAGAACCGCCUUAAUCACGCAGAUCUUUUAUUUAUUGGUUGUUUAUAUUGUCCCUUUUUUUGUGGUUGAGAUUGAGGGGGGUUUCUUUGUGAAAGGGGUUUUGAGGAUCAAUAAAAAUGGCCUGGAUAGAA